AUGAUGGCUACUGCGAACGUGAACGGCGCCGAGAUCUAUUACGAAGAGUCAGGGAGCGGACCGCCCAUCAUCCUUUCUGCCGGCGGCCUCCAGGGGGUUGCCAGCAGCUACCAGCCAGUGAUCGAGGGCCUGUCCCAGGAGCAUAGGGUGGUGGUGUACGACCGCCGCUUCGGCGGCCAGUCCCGCAGCCCGAUGGUGGUGCAGACUUGGGACAUGGUCUGCGACGACGUGUUCGGCCUGAUGGACACCUUGGGCAUCGAGCGGGCCUAUCUCGGCGGCGGCUCCUUCGGGGCGGCCAUCUCCCUGGGCUGCGCCGUCCGCCGUCCCGAGCGGGUGCGCGCCAUCUUCCCCUCCAACAUCGCCGGCGGCGUCAUCUGCGACGCCUAUCUCGCUGCCAAGCUGUUCAAGAGCAUGGACUGGGCCGAGAACCACGGCAUCGCGGCGAUCGUGGACGCCUUCGACACCGACGACCGCUUCUCUCCCUUCAGCCCCGAGUUGGCGCAGACCGACGCCGACUACCGCAAGAACCUGGAGUCCAUGAACACCGAGGACUUCAUCCAGGUGAUGCGCGACACCAUCUACGCCCUGUUCGACGGCCCCUACCUGACCCUCGGCAUGACCGAGAAGGCGCUGAAAAGCGUCGCCGUCCCCGCGAUGGUCAUGCCCGGCAACAACGACGUCCACCCUCGCGGCCUCGCCCAGGCCGUCCACCGCCUCGUCCCCAACUGCCGCUGGGCCGAAGUCCGCCCCCACAGCGAGGAGCCGGAAAAGUACACCAAACGGGUGCUGGGGUUUUUGGCCGAGGUGGAGGCGGACGGAACGGGGUAG